AUGGACAUCUUUCCAGCGAGCCACGGACAUCUCUCUCCUUGCACCAGCUGUUUCUCAACCCUCCCCCCCUUCUCCCUCUCCUCUCAACCCCAGGUGUUCCCCCUACUGUUCAUCAUAAUUCUCAUCGUGUGGGAGGCAAUGAACAUGCAGGUAGACACCUUGCAGCCAUGGACAUCUUCCUACCGAGGUGUUCCCCUUCUGUUCAUCAUAAUUCUCAUCGUGUGGGUGACGAUGAACAUGCUGGCAGACACCUUUGCAGCCAUGGACAUUUUCCUUAUUGAGGUGCAGCUGCUCGCCAUGGUCGCCAACUUCAACCUCAACUUCCCCGCCUCCUGGGUCAAGACCGUCGUGCUGCUAUACAACAUCGCUGCGUUUGAUCCCGUGAGUUUUCCUGCCGUUGUCACUGUGAGUGGCUCUCAAAGAUGGGUCAAGUCAAGACUGUCGUAA